AUGGACACAGAGAGUACAGAGAGGGGCCUAGAGAGUACAGAGAGGGGCCUAGAGAGUACAGAGAUGGGCAUAGAGAGUACAGAGAGGGGCCUAGAGAGUACAGAGAGGGGCAUAGAGAGUACAGAGAUGGACACAGAGAGUACAGAGAGGGGCCUAGAGAGUACAGAGAGGGGCCUAGAGAGUAAAGAGAGGGGCCUAGAGAGUACAGAGAGGGGCCUAGAGAGUACAGAGAGGGGCCUAGAGAGUACAGAGAGGGGCCUAGAGAGUACAGAGAUGGACACAGAGAGUACAGAGAGGGGCCUAGAGAGUACAGAGAUGGACACAGAGAGUACAGAGAGGGGCCUAGAGAGUACAGAGAUGGACACAGAGAGUACAGAGAGGGGCCUAGAGAGUACAGAGAUGGACACAGAGAGUACAGAGAGGGGCCUAGAGAGUACAGAGAGGGGCCUAGAGAGUACAGAGAGGGGCCUAGAGAGUACAGAGAUGGACACAGAGAGUACAGAGAGGGGCCUAGAGAGUACAGAGAGGGGCCUAGAGAGUACAGAGAGGGGCCUAGAGAGUACAGAGAGGGGCCUAGAGAGUACAGAGAGGGGCCUAGAGAGUACAGAGAUGGACACAGAGAGUACAGAGAGGGGCCUAGAGAGUACAGAGAUGGACACAGAGAGUACAGAGAGGGGCCUAGAGAGUUCAGAGAUGGACACAGAGAGUACAGAGAGGGGCCUAGAGAGUACAGAGAUGGACACAGAGAGUACAGAGAGGGGCCUAGAGAGUACAGAGAUGGACACAGAGAGUACAGAGAGGGUCCUAGAGAGUACAGAGAUGGACACAGAGAGUACAGAGAGGGGCCUAGAGAGUACAGAGAUGGACACAGAGAGUACAGAGAGGGGCAUAGAGAGUGCAGAGGAAGACUAUAAAUUAGAUAAUGGUGACACGACGGCUUACAACUAUAAAAGCGUUCUGAAAUAA